CCCCAACGGAAAUUCAUCAAGGAUGAUGGGACCACGUCGCUCCAGUCGUAGUGUAACAAGAGCUGCAGCAGAUGAUAAGCCAGCAGGAACAGAUGAUGGUUCUCACGAUCAUUAUGAAAGUAAUGCAGCAGAAGUCCAGUCGUCCUUCACGGCAAGGCAACUACAUUUUCUUCAACAACGUCGAAGUCGAAGAAGAAGACCAACUACGACAACCCGCAGAACGAAUGCCAUUCGUAGUACUGCUGUCACCCGCAGAACGAAUGCCACUCGUCGUACUGCUGUCGUUCUUGUGGGGAAGCGCCUCUUCCUUCCAGUGGCACUUCUGCCACUACAUGCGCAUUGCCUGGGAAGCACCGACAAAGCUAUCGGUGCAACGCCGAAGGUCAGAAAUCAAAUGAUUGGUCCAGGGGAUUUUGAUAUUAUGGUGAACUACUACGUCCAUAAAGUAUCCAUAAAGUACACUGCAACUUUCUUCACUUCUAGAUGAAGUAAGAUUUGGAACAUGUACAUAUCCUUGCAGAUUGUGAUUUUACAUCGUCCUCUGAAGAUGAUCAUCUCCGCCUAGUAGAGGACGAUGUAAACUCACAAUCUGAUGAUGCUUUAUUUGAUCAAAUGUCCUCCGCCUAGUAGGUACUGGUACAACGAUUCAGGUUCUAUAAAUAUAUUUGUACUAAGUAAAUUAACAAUUUUAUCGGACUUGUUUUAUUCGUCGGGUGGACCACCUUCUCUUCAUGAUCAUGUGCAAGACUGAGGCUAGUAGCUGUAGUCGUUGUUCCUACGUGCUUUGUUGUCUCGUGAAAUCAUAUGUCACCUAGGACAUAUGAAUUUGAUGUCUAGUAGACAACUAGUACCACGACUAGCUGAAAAAUCUAAGUUAUGCGGAACAAGAGCAAAAGCGAACCCCAGAAGAGGGAAAUUUGGCCCUGGAGAUUUUGACGGCAUUGAUGUCGAAGAAGCCAGCGAGUUUGGAGAAAAGCCUAAAAUUGGGUCAGGUUUUACCACAAGUAUGCCGAUGUUCGGUUUUAAGGCAAAGGCUGCUGCUUACAAUACUAGAAGAAUCAACAAAAAAACUGCGAGAGGUGGAGGCGGACAUAAAGGAAUGAGAACUCGAACUUCUCAUAGUCUACUCUACCAAUAAUUAUUUAAAACUAGUUGUAGUAGAUCUAAUAAAACUGACAACUAGCGAGAACAGGAAUUAUAGAAUAGGUUGGUUCCUAGUUGUGGUUUCUAAUGCAAAUAGGAACAAUGCUUACACCGUUUAUGUCUAAUGGCUUCCACUUGUUCAAGACGCUGCUCAUUAAUUUUAAAGAAAGUAGUCCACUCAUGCGAGUGGUAGUUUUCAUUUGCUACCUUUUUAUUUCAGAAGUUUUUUAUCUUUCAGCAAGAAAAACUAACCACAGUUGGUUCAUAUUUCUAACAAGCAUGACCCUGGCAAAGAGGGAUGGCGAGGCAUCUUGACCACGUAUGCGAAGGUGAGGGAGGAUCGCUCAUGGUUUUUCCAAGCUGGCGGUGGAAAAAAUUAUGAUGGCAUACUUACAUUAAUAACUUCUCUUGUCUCAUCCUGCCCUCUCGUUCGUUGAUGAUCUCGUCCUUGUUGUUUUAUUUCUGUCAGAAAAAGGCACUCUUUACGCCUUGACUCAUUUACAAGUCCUAAUCAAUAGUAAUUUCUGUGACUUACAUUAAUAACUUAAACUUAUAAUUCCUCGUAGUUGUAUACCGUAGUAGACUUCUCUACUGCAUGAUGAUACUUCACACGAAUAGAACCCCAUGACAUGAUGUGUACCAUCUCUAAAGCUCGCGCGAUUAUCCUCUAUGGGAGAAGACAGCGACAAAGAAUCCAUUGGAAAAGACCGUACUAUAAUUUUCAAGAUGGAUCCAUGAUCGUAGAUUAAGGUCAGCUUUUUAUUUUUUCCAUCUUUCUCGGCAUCUUGGUCCCCUUUUGCCUUGUAUUCUCAUGAAAUACAAGGGAAAGGGGGUCGAGAUGAGGGGACCGAGAUGCAAGCUAGCAGACUCCAAGUAGAGAGCAGAGGAUAUAUAAGGAAAAGAAAAGUAGUAGACACGAGUAGUCGACACGAUUCUCGAUGAAAUCACAAGCCUGCCCAACUUUAACUUACCUGUUGUUCUUCUUUCUUGUUGUUCAGCAUAAAAACUCGACUCCAAACUAACUUCUAUUUUCCUGGAUUAUACAACGAACUAAAAGAACAUCGGUAAACAAAUUUUAUUUUGUCUGCGCACAACUUGUAUUCAUCAGGGAAACGCGGAGGACCUGGAGACGAUUCUGGAAGACGGCAGGAUUUACCCCAUUCACGAUUAUAUCCUUACGGAUCGGCCAGACGUUCCAGUUGCGGGAGAGUAUAUAAAACCUCCACCUAAGCCCGAAGGAGACGAGGAAGAGAAAGUUAUGCUUGAUUGGCCAUUCUUAGAAUAGAGCUUAGGCAAAUCUGAUUAUUUCUCACCUGCUAUUGUCUCGGGUUACCGGUAGCAGUCUCAUAAUUCGUUCCUACAGUCAUUUAGAUGAAUAAUGCCAUCAGGGACGCACACACGACAUAUAACUUAGGCUUCUGCAACUUCAAUAAAUUCCACAUUCCGUAAAAGAAAUGAGCUCCUGGUGCACAACUUGUACAACUAGUACUUCUUCUUUGCGGAUGACAAAAUAAUUCCUACUACUACUUAGUACUUCUUUAACAACUUUAGUCUUUCGGACUUUUUGUUCGUAGUCCGCUGACUCAUCAUGAAGACGUGAGAUGAAGACGUGAGGCCUCGGAAUCCGAAACCCUUGCCCUUACUUACAACACUAAUUUGGAUGAACAAGAACAGCCGGAACCGAUCGACAUCGAGGGUCUUGGGGUGCCGAAUAUCAAAGCAAGGGCAAGGGAUUGGAACCGGCCAGCGAGUAUCACGAUAGAUCUAGCAAGGGGAAAGAAAGGCGCGAGUCUGCUGUCGGAAGAUUAUGAGUCUUUUAGUGUUGAUAGAAGAUGACAGUCCUCGUAUCUUCUGGUUCUGAUAAAUGAUUUUAAUUUUUUAUGAAGGAUCCAUCGGAAAUUCCGAUUCGGAAUCCUACUUUGAUUUACCGUUAAUGCCAACAGGAAUGCCACUUCUUGAUAAGAUGCAAACAGUACCUACCAGGGAAUUAUGAUGAAUAAAUAUCUUGUUCUUCUACUCUUCUGCUAGAACAAGUCCUAGUUGUAGCUACUUACUGAUACUGUAGGUACUAAGUAUCUAUACCGGAACCUCCGCGUGGAGAUGUCGACAAUGUCUAUGGGGAGUGGGAGAAAUGCGUGAGCGGCAAUGAGUAUUGGUACUACAAACCAACCGGAGAGGAAGAAGAUCAAGCCUCUGGUAUGGCCGCUCUGCAUGAUAUGUAAUGGGGACAAUGUAGUGUGGAUAGUCAGAAGGGGGACGACUAACCUGGUGGAGGUAGACGUAGAAUGGGAAAAUACUUAUUCUAUCCAUUUCUAUAAUAUGCUCUUUUUCAUUUUGUUCAUGGUGAUGCUCGUCGCGUGUCUUUGAAAAAAGUUGUACUUGAAAAGGUAGCCUUGACCUCUCUCUGCUCUCUCUCUCCAGCAUCCUCUUCCUCUAUGAUCUACAUCUUCUAAUCCUAGAGGCGAUGGAGAACCAGGCUCGGAUGUGCCGAAUCCCUUGUUUUAUGGGAUGAUCUAACUUUGACUUUCUUUAUUACAAAAAGGAGAUCUGCAUCUGCGGAUCGUUCCCGUUCGUAGUCCCUCGGGAGAUGUGCUACUUAGAAGAACGCGCAGUUAAAUAAAAUAUAAAUAGCCAGGAAAAACUAAUGAGCUGUCGUACCACCUACAUCUUCAGCAGGAGAAGAUAAACAUAUGCACAAUGAUGUCACCAACACUGAUUUUCACCUGUACAACCAUUACAAGUGGCAUCAAAAAUAAUAGGAAAGAUGACCUUCAUCAUCUAACUUUCCAAAGUCCAAGUUGGAGAGUCAUUGGAGCAAGCAACGGUACGGGGAAAGCUGUAUCACUACGUUGAUGCAAAAAGUAUACUGGACGAUACCAGUCACAAGGAAGAAGAAGAACUUUUUGUUAUGACGGUGCUAGUACUGAUUCUGAUAAGAUUGAAAGCUCCUACUCCUAGCUCCUACGACGUUCGUAAGCUUUUGAAUUAGAGGUAUCUAUGGGGAAUGAAUCUCACAGAUCAUCUGGGUCCCUUUUCCGUCUUAUUUUCUUUGUCCAGAUCAUGACUUUGUUCGCGAUGCAUUUCAAUUUCUUACCCUCAUGAUUAAAGUCUUUCUUGAUCUUGUUUUCUUCUGUGACUACUUAUACACAACUAGCAGAUCUCUCUUCUACAACAACUUCUGUUUCACUUUUUGGGAGACUUUUUCCUUCUUUCUAAGAUUUACAUGGACGCCACGAGCGAAGCGGCUCAUUUGCUAAAGCAUAGGAGUCCUUGCCGACUGGCGCUGACUCAGUGGGGAUGGAGCAUCUUUCGCGACAAUGAUCCUCGAUGGAUGCUCGUCUGUAACGAUGCAGAAAGCUGUUUUCAGCAGUUCUUAUGAGUGGCUCUUCUGUAGCGGUAGCCAACUAUGUCUGCUAGUUUUCCUAGUGGGGCCACACAUAGAUAACUUAACCUAACUAACUGCAACUAUAGCUACUGCUUCUACACUUCUAAGUAACAUAUUGUUCUUAUGAUUGGAAGCCACUCGGUUAGUGUUAGUCCUCGUAGUCUAAGCCUAAGACCUUGUUAUGGCUUUGUUCUGCGUUUGUAGAUAGGUAUAUCAACCACCAGCAAUAAUUAUUGUAUCUUCAGUAGAUGAAAAUGCUUAUUGUAAUAUCAGUACGUAUAAAUGAAAAUGAUAGAUAGAAGGAAGAUCCGUAUUUCUGAUGAACAUCACCUUGAGUCUACUGAAAAUUCUGUCGAUUCUAACUCUUACAUGCAGAGCCUGGACGCCUGAUUUGGACGAAUUCUUCAACGACGUCAACGCAGGCUUGCAAGAAACGCUAAGGGAGUUCAAAAUUCUCGAAGAUUGUACUGCUUGUUGAUAUCAAUAGUGUUGUAAGUAUAUUAUAAGCAUGAUAUUUUUUCAAGAUGAACGUGAUUGAUUGAUUGAUUGAUUGAUUGAUUGAUUGAUUGAUUGAUUGCUAUGGAUGAUCUUUUGUGGGCUAGGUCAGCGGGAACGCAGUCGUGCUCGCACAGUCCAGAGUUGGCCCUGGGUCUGUUUGUUCCUCCGUUAUCCAGCGCCGCCGCUCCGCUCGUUAGACGGCCGCAUAUUGUUGAUUGAUUGACAUUGUCCGGCGAUCGGCCCGGAGUGCGGUUCUCUUCCUCAGCUCGGUCGUGAGGGCUCUUCCUUCAUUAGCCCGACACAGCGUAAGCAAAGCGGGCAGAGUCCAAAGACCGCCGCAGCCAGUUUGCGCCUGAGGUUCUUGGUGAUAGACUACGCUAGGUGACUAGCCCCGGUCCUUUUGCUAUGGAUGAUCUUUAUUUUGUGGGCUAGGUCAGCGGGGGCGCAGUCGUGCUCGCACAGUCCAGAGUUGGCCCUGGGUUGUUUGUUCCUUCGUUAUCCAGCGCCGCCGCUCGUUAGACGGCCGCGUAUACAUAUAGUAGAUAGUUGGUCGAUGAACGUGAUUGGCUAGCCUCUGGUCUUUUGCCAUAGAUGACCUUUUGUGGGCUAGGUCAGCGGGAACACAGGCUGGCGUGCUUGCGCACUCCAGAGUUGGCCCCGGGUCUGUUUUAGUUCCUCCGGUCGUUGUCCAGCGCCGCCGCCCGUUAGCCGGCUGCAUGCAGUUGACUGCUGAACGUUAACGAUAAUCAUCGCCCACAGUUGUCAUACUGAGGAACAGCAGUUACUUACCCUUUCUCUUAAUCUAGUGCGUUAAUAGAGUAAUCUCUCUCAUAAUAUCUUCCAACAACAACCUCUUGCCAGGCACAUCAAUCAAUCAAUCAAUCAAUCAAUCAAUCAAUCUCAAAAACAUACUUGUUUUACUAUGAUCUGCAACAUAACAAUAUUAACAUCAUGUUAAUGAUAACCUAACCUAACUUCAGGGCUCAUGCAGAAUUACGACCUGGAUGUGGACGAGCGCAAGAAUGGACUAAAAGAGUUAUGCGCAACCUUUCCUUGACUCAAUGAUUACCCCGUGAAUGGAUACUACACGUACUCCGAUCAAUAUUUGAGUAUUUAAUCAAUCAAACAAUGAAACUACAUGUUGUACAUCUUUCCGUAACAUCACUCACCUGUCUGUUACCUAAGGUCCUUUCUUCGACUAUCUUUUACAUGUUUCCGCAUCACUCACGACGCUCACCCGCCCUCCAUUACCCAUCUGGCCAAGAAUGUCUACUAUGUCUUUCUAAGAUGUGUUCAAGAAGGGAGAACAAAGAUUCUAGCAAUGCAGGAGGAAGAGAAAGCAAGGAGGAAGGAAUAUGAUCAGCGAAUACAGAAGGAUAAGGCAUUGUGCAGAGAUCCGGUAUUGUUCUUGCAACAGUCUUUUGGUACAUACACUGAUGAAGGUUAGUCGUAAACGUAGUAGCAUUGGUUUGCCGCAGCUGUAUCGUCAUUUAAAACAGUAACUCUAGGUUGGUACAUUCAUUGAUUAUUCUUCCUAAACCAACGAACCCAAAAUCAUCUUCUGCUUAUGUAUAAAUAAUCAAUUAUCUGGAGGAUCUAACUGGACUCAAGAAGAACUCCUCUUAACUACUUCCACAGCGUCCUGGUCCUCGUGACAUAAAUACACCUCCUACCACCUUACUUUUUCCUCAACAGCUUUUGACACCAGGCACGAGCGCCUCGACCCCGAUGUUUUCGUACGGCAUCGAGUCUCUGGUGAGACGGCAUUUGGCCGAUAAUGACCAACCAUACCGUGUGUGGUCUCUAGUUACGUUAUGAUACAACUCUUUUGUUAAAGAAAUCAGUGAAAUCUAUCAUUCGAUCAAGUUCAUCAAGGUGUUUCAAGUCGACAAAUGAAUAUGAUAGAAGUUGAACUUGAAGUUGUUUCAAGUCGACAAAUGAGUAUUUCAGUAGGCCUCUUCUGCCUCAACCUCCCUCUCUUUCAUUAAGACAACUUCUCCUCUCUCUUUCUCGCAAGAACGUCCUUCCUUCAAUCAAGCAGAACCAAGACAGCUGCUUCCUCGUCCCUUUUCCAGUCGUCACCAAGAAUAUUAGAUUCAUCAAUCAAACCCUUUGUUCUUGAUUUCUUUUCCUUUCUAACCUGACCCUUUUCCCAUCCUCGUUGGUAGCAAAUGUGACUUCUCCGCCUCUUCCCUUUUCUAGCCUGACCCUUUUUAGUUGGAAACUUUUGCUACCAAAUACUACCUACUCCUCGUUUCUGGAAAAUUUUGCUCCUUCGCCUUCUAGCAAAGUAAGAUUCUUCUAAUCUUCGCCAUAACAAGAGACAAAGUAACGCAGAAUCCUUUGCCGCAUAUUCACGCCGUCCCCCUGAAACUGACGCCCACGUAUCUCAGCAUGACCAGCAAGGAGGGAUCCAAAAUCCCAAUCCCACCAGAGGACUUGCCCUUAUGCAGGGUCUUUCUUGUGUAGGUGUGAAGUUUAGUAAGUUUGGUAAUUCAGCUGACACCCGUUAAUAUUGCUGGGUGCAUAUAUCAUCAUCAUCAUCAUCAUCAUCAUCGUCAUCAGUUUGGUAGGAAGUUUGGUGUCUGUGUGAAGUUUAGUCUAAGUUUGGACGAUUUAUAAUUCGUAAAACUGAGAAAUUAAUAAGAAGUGUGAAGAAUUUUGAUAAGUUUAAGGGUAAGCAAGUAGAAAGUGAAAGCUGGAGGUUCUCCUUCUCGAUCCAUAAUUUUAUUUUUUUUUCACAUCCACGUACUACGCCUUCUACGUACUUCUAAAAGAAAAAAGCGUGAAUAUACAAGCCUCUGGUGGGGAUAGAGCUGCGAAGGAACGCGGGAAGAUCGAGUGGGGUACUUACGACACAGUCGAUCGACCUGCUUCUUGCGAAAGGGGUGAUAAUUGCAGCCCUCCUCGAUCCUUCGAGACUUCGCCUACGGGUACUUCUACCUAGAAGUUUUGUACCUAAGGGUAGAAUUUUAAUUUUUCCUUACUACUUAGUUUAUUUACGGGUACUACUUGUAUACAAUUUACUUACGUAGCGGUAGUAUAAUUUAAGAUAAAAGAUUUUCUUUGAUAUCCACCCAAAUUUGGCGCAUUUCCGAAAAAACUACAUCCCAUAAAAUUUGAGACGCAAUUACCCUCAUUCAUGUGUUUCCAGAACCGUUUUGGUUUAGGUUGCAGGAGUAGAACGAAGCACCCGCCGCUUGUGAGAGAUUAGACAAGCCCUUAAAGAAAAAGUUUGUGCUCAUCUGCAGAUUGAUAAUUUAAGAUAAAAGAUUUUUUUUGACUUCUAUGUAUGAUGAAUAUUAUGUAUAACAAACAAACGGCUCUAGGACCUGUAGAAGCCCCUCCACUGCUUAGUUGAUUGCAGCUCACUUUCUGGUUUACAACUGUUUGCUAUCUUGCUUCGAGUUCGACACUAAUCACGAGCGUUCACAACAGCAUUUAUUGACCAAAACCGAUCAACUUCAGACCUGUCGGUUGUGGACGGGCGACUGGACUUCCAUUUUGUAUUAUGGAGUCUGUACUGGUUUUUCGCUAAGUAAUAAUUAGAGACUAUGCAUUUGGAACAAUCCAUUCUGGAAUGCUCAUGAUGGAUACACCACCACCAAAAAUCUUGUGAACAAAACUACAAGCGCUCCAAUAAAAGCGCCCAAAUAUAUAAGAUCUAAAUACAACAACAGAUUGAUGAAAGGGGCUUUUCAUCUUAGAUGAUGGAAGAACUCUCUGGAAGUCGCCACACCACUGCAAGCACCUCAGCAUCCCCAUGCAGAAUUUCUUCUAACUGCAGCUGCGAACCCAUCGGACGCACGUUGGCGGUUGGUAAAUGUACACAUGUAUUAUUACGGUCGAACGGCGAGAAGACUGAAGGAUGCGCAGAUUCCUUAUUUUAAGGCAUAGUCAUACUCAUAACUUCAGGAACAAGCCGCUCAGUAGUUCAUCCGCUAACUCUGAAUUAUAACUUACUCCAAUCAUAUAAACGAAAUCAUAAGAGGACGGUAGUGGGAUUCGUCUUUGACUUGUCUUCAGUCUAAUUAGUGGCAAGUUGACGGGCAGUGGGACAACAGCGCGUAUUGGGAUUCGACCGGAAAGAGAGAUUAUGUGCAUCUGUGGAGCUACAGGGGCAGUGACAGUGUGAAUCAAUGUCGCAAAAUACUAUUACCUACAUUCCUUCCUUUUUUUUUUCUAGUUAGUUUCUUUGGCUCCACCCAUACUAUGAGGUUGAGGAUUAUAGUGGUCUUACUCUGCUGUCCCAGGCGUAGGUGCCGUCGGGAGAGGAGAGCACACUUCUCUAAUGAACGGAUGAUGACUCUUCGGCACUGCAAAUGUCAUCU